GGCAGCAGAGGGAGAAAAAAGGCUUAAUCAAUUCAGGGUAGACAGGAGGGAUGUUGCUGCUGUCCCUGCCGAGGCUCCAGUGCCUCUGCUGUCGUGCUGCAUGUAGCCAAGCGUUUGUGUGAGCAGAGAGGACGACUCGGCUGCUGACUGCUUACUGGGAACCAGACACCAGCCCAGCCACGACUCCACAUCCUGGAGCCCACUGACUGACUGUCUGACUAUAGCUGGGUCUUCAGUAAACGAGCAAACAGGGAUGAUACAUGGACUAAAGAGGGAGCAGCAAUAGCCCGAGGUCAGUGAAGGAGUUUUUUGUUGCAGACUUCCUGAGUAACCUUGUGCCAUCUCUGAGUCGGGAGGAGUAGGCUUAGUUAGUUACAUUGAAAGACAAUCACCAUACGUCCUUUUUGUUUUUGUAUUUUGGCAUUCAAAGUGACAAAUUCAAUAUUUGGAGCGCCUCAGCAAUAUAAAACACUUGAAUAAUCCUGCUCAGUUGAACAUUAUCAUCUUUUCUGCCUCCUCCUCUACCCAUGCGGCCUCAGUUAUUUCAACUUUCCACCUCCUGUGUGCUCACACGGUGCUUGUUGUAAAGUGGCAGAGAUGACAUCCCAAUACGCAACUUGACCCGAGGAUAACCAUCAAUCCCCCAAGCGCCACUUGUGGGCCGACACACUCCCAGACACAGAGCCCCGCCCCUGGCUUCAGGCAGUAUGGGAGACGGGAGCUGGGUCUGUCUGAGCCCAGCUGAGUUCACCCAGCUGCAAAAAUACAGCGAGUACUCCACAAAGAAGCUGAAGGAUGUGCUGGAGGAGUUUCACGGGGAAGGAAUUCUUUCCAAAUACAAUCCAGAGCAGCCCAUUGAUUAUGAUGGCUUCCAGCUGUUCAUGGCCACUUACCUGGAAAAUGACAUCCCAGAGGAGCUGUGUCAGCACCUCUUCACCUCCUUCAAGAGCAAGACGGGAGGCUGCUCUCCCGCUCAGUCUCGUGCAGGAACCAGCUUACUGGGGAUGAACGGGAAAAGCAUCCUGUCCGCGAUGGGCCGGCACACACCGGAGCACUCCAGUGUGAUGAGCGCAGCAGCAGGCUCAGGAGCCAACACCUCCCCUUGUUUAUCUCGCUCCUCCUCGCAGCAUUCAGGGACGGGGGCCUGCACACCUGGAGGUCCCCACCGAUCACCCUGCACCCAGGUCAAAACCUCAGAGGCGAGCAGCAAUGCCCUGACCCCCAACACUGGUCCUGCCAGGUUGCCAGUGUCCCCCAAACUUUCCCCAGAGAGGAGCCACUCCGAGAAGCAUUUGUCGCUGCGGAGGAGUCCAUCGCCCCAGAAAGGCUCCCCCCUGCCGUCACCCCAGGUGGUCUUUCUCAAGGACAUCGUCUGCUACCUUUCCCUGCUGGAGAGAGGGACGCCGGAGGACAAGCUGGAGUUCAUGUUCCGGCUGUACGACACAGACGGCAACGGGGUUCUGGACAGCUCGGAGCUGGAUCGCAUCAUCAAUCAGAUGGUGCACGUGGCAGAGUAUCUGGAGUGGGAUUCAACAGAACUGCGACCGAUACUGAAGGAGAUGAUGGAAGAGAUUGACUACGACAGAGACGGGACAGUCACACUGGAGGAGUGGAUCAGAGGAGGCCUUACCACCAUCCCUUUACUGGUCCUGCUGGGCAUGGAAACGAAUGUACAGGAAGAUGGGCAGCAUGUUUGGCGUCUGAAGCACUUCAACAAACCAGCCUACUGUAACUACUGCCAUACCAUGCUGCUCGGAGUCCGCAAGCAGGGCCUCUGCUGCUCCUUAUGCAAGUACACAGUGCACGAACGCUGUGUGUCCAAAGACAUCGCUGCCUGCAUCAGCACCUACGCCAAGUCCCGGAGACACACUAAUGCUAUGCAGCAUGUUUGGAUGGAGGGGAACUCUCCUACCAAGUGCGACCGCUGUCACAGAAGCAUCAAGUGUUACCAGGGCCUGACGGGCCUGCACUGUGUCUGGUGUCACAUCACUCUCCAUAAUAAGUGUGCAUCUAACGUGAAGCCGGAGUGUGACGGAGGAGCCUUGAGGGACCACACUCUGUUGCCUUCGUACAUCUGCCCCGUUGUCUUGGACCGUCAUUCUGUGGUGAAGCGCGGUGAGGGGGAGUCGCCACCUAGCACCAGCCCCGAUGACAUCACUCAGAUUUUCAAGUUCUCCCCUGGAGACGGACAAGCGCUGCAGAUCACCCCUCUCCCAGGUACUCACCCGCUUCUCGUCCUGGUCAAUCCCAAGAGUGGAGGGAGACAGGGGGAGCGGGUACUGAGGAAGUUCAGGUACCUACUAAACCCCAGGCAGGUGUACAGUUUGGACCAAGGGGGACCAAUGGUAGGGCUCAACUUUUUCCAUGAUGUCCCUGAUUUCCGGGUGCUUGCUUGCGGAGGUGACGGCACUGUGGGCUGGAUCCUCGACUGUAUAAAUAAGGCCAACUUUGCCAGGCACCCUCCAGUGGCCAUCCUCCCUCUGGGCACGGGGAACGACCUGGCUCGCUGCAUACGCUGGGGAGGAGGUUACGAGGGCGGCAGCUUGCUGAAAUUUCUCCGGGACAUCGAGCACAGCACAGAGGGGGUGCUGGACCGCUGGAACAUAGACAUCGUCCCUGACGACAAGGAGGAGAAGGGAGACCCCGUCCCUUACAGCAUCAUCAACAACUACUUCUCUAUCGGAGUGGAUGCCUCCAUCGCCCAUCGCUUUCAUCUGAUGCGAGAAAAGCACCCUGAAAAGUUCAACAGCAGAAUGAAGAACAAGCUCUGGUACUUUGAGUUUGGCACCACUGAGACCAUAUCUGCCACCUGCAAGAAACUUAACGAAUGCAUAGAAGUCGAGUGCGAUGGGAUCAUCAUGGACCUCAGCAACACUUCCUUAGAGGGCAUCGCUGUGCUCAACAUUCCCAGCAUGCACGGCGGCUCCAAUCUGUGGGGCGAGACGAAGAAGAGGAGGAACUACAACCGCAUGAGCAAGAAGGUUCCUGAAAGGAUGCCAGCCAGCACUGUCACUGACGCUAAAGAGCUCAAAUUUUGCAUGCAAGACUUCAGUGACCAGCUGUUGGAGGUGGUUGGCCUGGAAGGGGCGAUAGAGAUGGGACAGAUCUACACUGGACUGAAGAGUGCCGGGCGUAGACUGGCUCAGUGUACCAACGUGACCAUCAGGACGUCCCGGCGGCUGCCCAUGCAGAUCGAUGGCGAGCCCUGGAUGCAGCCCCCCUGCACGAUCAGGAUCACACACAUGAACCAGGUCCCCAUUUUACUGGGCCCGCCUCAGAAGACGCCGUUCUUUUUCUUCAAGAAACGCAACCGGAGCCGCGACUAGGAUACACACACGCACACACAGACACACACACAGACACACACACACGCACACACACGCCACCCACUGUAUAGGCAGCUCCAUCAGACGACUGGUACACUGUUCCCUGGUUGGAGAAUGAAAGUGGGACGUUCAUCAACAGGAUCACAGUGUGGAACAUUCCUGAGGUCAGGAUGCCUACAGACAAUUCAUUCCCAGAGCAACUACAGUGAUGGCACCUGAAAAGAAAUGACUCUCAGUAUACAGCACCGACCUUUUCCUGUGUAACCAUCAUCCUCUAGUUAUUUUCCCCAAAACUCCGUCCCAGCCAUGGAUUUAGUUUAGUCUCUCAGCCCCAAAGAAAACUCAUACCAGUACUACACUGCCCGCUAAACACAACUCUGGCGGCUGGGAUUCCACCACAGCCCUCAAAUGAAGUACAGAAAGUGAUAGUGAGAGGGGACGUAGGGGUUAAAGAAAGCAGGUUGUGUGAUGAGAAAGAAAGAGCUCCGACACACUACGGCGAGAAAGAGAAGGAGUGAGAGCGGUGUAGCAGUAACCGUGGUUGUUUACAAGACCGGUGAGUAAAUAGAGAAGCAUCCACCUCUUCGUUAAAACACCUGUAUGAAUAAUGAAAGAGCGGUUGCUUGUAAGAGCGCUCGCUCCGGGGCCUCCCCACAGACUGACAGCACGGCACAGCCGGGCAGAGAAAAUAGGAAAAGCCUCAUCCAUUAUUGACUUAUUUUGUUUGUGGGUCAAUGGCAGCGGGGGCGUAACAGUGGCCUGGGAUGGGUUGAAACAUGCAGGGAUCCUCUAAACCAUAUUUAUAGACUGUGUGGAAGAUCUGGCGAUAGACUUCAGGCAGAGGAAGUUCCUGUCCAUUUGUUCUCAAGUUAUUGCUUUAGAAAUCAAACCGAGAUUGAAAGUAAAGAUUGGAGACAUUGUAGUUGCGUUCUCAAGAAACUCAUUGGUCCUCUGUGGUUGUUUAAAGGUGCACUAUGAGUUCCUGCAUGGCGUAGCGCGAUUCCAGUGAGCAGAGUUGAUUGAGUAGCAUGAGUUGUUGAUUGGCUGGAAUGUGGUUUGUUAUAUUUUGGUGCACAGCCUGCGCCCCUAGAGUUUGUUUGACGUUUACGACCCCUGUGUUGUCUCCCGAGACCGGG